ACAAAUAGUUGAAAUGACAAUAAAGACUUCUGCUUCUGCUUUUUCGAUUUCAAACCACACAUAAUGCUGCUUACCUUAUUUAUCCUUGGGUUUGUUCAUCCAAUACAGCAGGCGGCAGUACAUUCAGACAGUAGCGACCAAAACCUGCCUUCGACAGACAUGUACGCAUGCGCGAAGGUUACCAUGCAGUCAUGUGUGAGUGGAGCUAAUCAACCCACAACAAACUAGUAAAAGUCCCAACAGAUAUAACCUUUUUUUUCUCUCUCAAGCAACCGGGAUGUCCUGGUGUUACUAACAUAAUGGCAACUCCAGCUAUUCGGAUGUUUCGGCGGUUGGAGGGUCUGUUUUGUGUGUACAAGCCGCCUGGUGUUCACUGGAAAGUCGUCCGGAAUACCAUCGAGACAAAUCUACUGAAAGGUUUAGAUGCUCUACCGCCCCAGCCUCUUCCUCAGGAGGUCCGUUUCUUGGAACAGCCAGUCAGUGAGAACGAAGCAGCCAAGGGACUCACACUGACUGCAGCCUCUGUGCCAGUCCUGUCCAAGCAUCCUCUGGUGACUGGACCAGAGUUUCAGCAUAUCAAAGUUGGAGUAGGACAUAUUCUGGACACAUUCUCUUCUGGUGUUCAGGUUCUGGGUGUUGGGAAUGGAAACAGAGCCUUGAAUGAUUUCCUCAGAGCACCAGUCACAAGGGAUUACACUUUGCAGGGUGAAUUUGGAACAGCAACACAUGAUUUCACUCACACAGGCAGAGUUAUCGAAAAAUCCACCUAUGAUCACAUCACACAGGAUAAGCUGGACAGAGUCAUGGCGAUUCUGGAGGGAGCCAAUCGAAAGGCCAUGUUGAUAUAUUCAAAUGUCGACAUGCACUCACAGGAGGCUUAUGAGAUGGCUGUGCACGGUUUACUGCGACCCCAGGGGAAAUCGCAGGCUAUUUUGACCGGCUUGCGUUGCAUUAACUUCCAGCCCCCCAACUUCACUUUAGAAGUACAGUGUAUUAACGAAACGCAGAAAUAUUUGUGCAAAGUUGUGCAUGAGAUAGGACUCGAGCUGCGCAGCACAGCAGUGUGUAAAGGAGUGAGACGGACCAGAGACGGCCCCUUCACCCUGCAGGAUGCCCUGACCCGAAACCACUGGAGUGCUUCUGAUGUUAAACAGGCUAUCAGACAAUACCACGCCUCUAAAAACGAUCUAAAAUACCCCCACACACAGAGCAAGGACCCAGCAGCACAUCCACCAGAGGGGAGUAUGACAGUCAACAAAAUGAAACCAGCGAAAAGCAGCAGCAGGCUGAAUGAAAUAAGCUGCUGUUAAUAUAAGUCACAGAACUGCUCCACAGUGACUCCAUGAGCCUGAACUUCAGUUGGAAAAGAGAAGUGAAAGACCACAGAUUCUGCUUCCUAGAAGAGAAAGUAUCAAAUUGAACACAACCCAUUAUUUUAACAUGCAAACUUCUCCUCUCCAUCUACAGAGACACCUGCUGCAUCUCAUAUGUGAAUGAUCCACCUUUUCUUUAAAAUUUUGUUUAGGUAAUAUUAAUUAUUAUAUUCAUUUACCAACCUUGAUAUGAGUGUUUAUUUUUGUCAUGAAAUAAAUUGAAAAAGAA